AUGUCUGAAGAGGCGAUUUCAGAGAGUGACCUGGAGGAGAGCCUUAACAGUGAGGAUGAACGUUUCAAUGAAGAUGAAAAAGAGGAAGACAAUGAAGACCAGGAGGACGAUGAAGAUGAAAAUGAUGGAGAUGAUGAAGAUGAUGGAGUUGAUCGACCCACCAGUGCCCAGGAUGGCAGGGAUUCCCCCUCAGCUACCUCUGAAGAGACUUCAUCUCAGCCUCCAUCACGACCGACAUCCCGUCCGUCCUCUGAGGCACCCUCCAGACCCGCCUCUGGCUCUCAGCCCACGAACAGCCCAGAGAGCUUAAACCAGAAGAAACGCCAUUCGGGCAAAGCCAAGAAACAAAAGGGUUAUAAAUUAACCAAAUCAUCCAGGUCUUCAAAAAGUCCCAACCCAUCCAAACCUACACACAUGAGGAAAAAUAUCAGAAAACUGCUGAAGGAUGAUCAGCUGGAGGCUGGGACUAAAGCUGCUCAACAGGAGGAGAUGGAGAGGCGUAAACGUCUGGAGCAGCAGAGAAAGGACUUCCCCACACCAGCCCCGCCUGUUCCUGACCCUCAGCUCGUGGACACUGCCUCAAUCUUGGGUGAAGUUUCCCGUUUGGUCCCCGGUUUCCUGGCCAAGCAGGACGUCAUCUGUCUGGACAGUAGUGGUGAUGAAGAGGAAAAAGUGGAGCCCAAAUUGCCUGCUCUUGAUAUCAGAGAUGAUAUAAUAGAGCUAAGUUCUGGUGACGAGGGCACGCUGCAGAUCAGCAGUGAGUCGGCGGAUGAGGAGGUGGAGACGGAGGAGGGCAGCGGGGCACACAUCAACAACGCUCUGAACCUGCCUGAUGCCCAGGGUCGGGUGUUGGUCAACAUCAACCACCCUGCAGAGGAAAAGGACAUUUUUCUUGCCCCACAGCUGGCCAGGGCGGUCAAACCUCACCAGGUCGGUGGAAUCCGGUUUCUCUACGAUAACCUCAUCGAGUCUCUGGAGCGUUACAAAACCAGCAGCGGCUUUGGCUGCAUCCUGGCUCACAGCAUGGGUUUAGGGAAAACACUGCAGGUCAUCUCCUUCAUCGACAUUCUUCUGAGGAAUACUGAGGCCCACACUGUGCUGGCCAUCGCUCCAGUGAACACUCUCCAGAACUGGCUGACGGAGUUUAACCUCUGGAUCCCCCCUCAGGAAUCCUUCUCCCCUGACACCGACCCCACGCUAGUCUCUGGGCGCACGUUCAAAGUUCACAUUCUCAACGAUGAGCACAAAACUACACUGGCCAGAGCCAAGGUGGUGGAGGAAUGGUCCAGAGACGGAGGCGUGUUGCUAAUGGGUUAUGAGAUGUACCGUCUGCUGUCCAUGAAGAAGAGUUUUGUUAUGGGAAAGAAGAGGAAGUCGAAGAAGCCGACUGGACCAAUCAUCAUUGACCUGGAUGAAGAAGACAGACAGCAGGAACUCAUGCAAGGUAUCGAAAAGGCAAUUGUACGACCCGGCCCAGACGUGGUGAUCUGUGAUGAGGGCCAUCGCAUCAAGAACUACCACGCCAGCACAUCACAGGCCCUGAAGAACAUCCGCUCCCGCCGAAGAGUGGUUCUGACAGGUUACCCGCUCCAGAACAACCUCAUCGAGUACUGGUGCAUGGUGGACUUUGUCAGACCCGACUUUUUAGGCACACGUCAGGAGUUCAGCAACAUGUUCGAGCGCCCAAUUUUGAACGGACAGUGCGUGGACAGCACGCCUCAGGACGUUCGCCUCAUGCGCUACCGUAGCCACGUCCUGCACAGCCUCCUGGAGGGUUUUGUCCAGAGGCGUGGCCAUGAUGUGCUGCGGAACCAGCUUCCUUUUAAAGAUGAAUAUGUCAUCAUGGUGCGACUUUCUCCCAUACAGAGGGCGCUCUACACCGAGUUCAUGAGGCGCUUCAGAGAAGCAGGAAACAGCGGCUGGUUGGGUCUGAACCCGCUCAAGGCCUUCUGUGUUUGCUGCAAGAUCUGGAAUCACCCAGAUGUGCUUUACGAAACACUGAAAAAGGAGAAUCAGGCCAAUGAGCAGGACCUGGACCUGGAUGACAUCACCUCAGCCAGUAACGCCCGCUGUCCUGCUCCCGGUGCUGGACUCAAACCUAAAGUAGAGUCCAGCAACAGCAAAGUCAACAACACGUUACCAGCGCUCAAUCCGUCCCAGGACAAAGCCAAUCAAGUCAUCACAUAUGAAUGGGCGAGAGACGUCAUGUUGAACUACCGGACAGGUCUGCUCCAGAACUCGGCCAAGAUGGUUCUGCUGUUCCAUUUGAUUGAUGAGAGUGUGAAGAGGAAAGAUAAGAUGUUGAUCUUCAGUCAAAGUUUGUCGACGCUGACAGUCAUCGAAGAUUUCCUGUCAAAGAGACCAAUGCCAGCAGAGGUCGCCGCCUCCUCCUCCCACCACAACCAGACCUGGGUUCGCAACGUCAACUACUUCAGAUUGGAUGGAAGUACGUCUGCCACAGAGAGAGAACGACUCAUCAAUCAGUUCAACGACCCCGAGAAUGUCACGACCUGGGUCUUCCUGCUGUCCACCAGAGCGGGCUGCCUGGGCGUGAAUCUAAUUGGUGCCAACCGUGUAGUGGUGUUCGAUGCCUCCUGGAACCCCUGCCACGACGCCCAGGCCGUGUGUAGAGUUUACCGAUAUGGCCAGAAGAAGCCGUGCUACAUUUACCGCCUGGUCUGUGAUUUCACCUUGGAGAAGAAAAUCUAUGACCGACAGGUCUCCAAACAAGGGAUGUCUGAUCGUGUCGUCGAUGAUCUGAACCCGGUGCUGAACUUCACUCGCAAAGAAGUGGAGUCGUUGCUACACUUCGUGGAGGAGGAGCCUGAAGCUGAAAAACGCAAUCGGGAAUCCUCCGACGACUUCGAGACAGUGAUAUACAACGCAUGUCAGCUGUACCCGCACCUCAUCACCAAGCUACCGUUCCAACACGAGUCUCUGCUGGUGGAUCGAAAGGAGUCGAAACUGACCAAAGCGGAGAAAAGAGCCGCCAAGAAGGGCUACGAGGAUGAAAAACGAGCCUCCGUGCCAUACUCCCGCCCGUCAUACGCACCCUAUUAUCCAACCGGUGACCAGGUGCUGACAAACAUACCAGCGUUCAACCAACGAGGCUGGCGUCCCAUGGUGAGGGCCGAUGAUAAGCCUGUGGCCAGCGUCAGGCCCAUCCUGUCCACCCCGAUACCUAUGCUGCCUCGCCAGGUUGGCAUGGGUAUUGCUGGCUCCACCCCCGCCAGUGGCCUUCCUGUCAACUUCCUGCAGAAAGCUGGAGUCUCUGUCCAGAGGGUUGUCACUACAACUGAUAUUGUUUUCCCAGGAAUCAACAGCACGGUUGAUGUUCAAGCUCGGAUCAGUGCAGGAGAGAGCAUCCACGUGAUCCGAGGAUCCAAAGGUACUUACAUCAGGACAAAUGACGGAAGGAUCUUUGCUGUGAGAUCAGGAAAGCUUAGCCGUCCAGUAGUCGGUGGUUCCACUGCUUCAGGAGACGCCCAGGGUUCCCUCAUCCAUCCAAUAACCAACGGCUGUUCUUCUCCGGUGGAUCAACAACAGCGCUCCCCCAACAGCGAGCAGCAGCCUUCCUCUCCUCUGGGCUCUGACAUUUUCAGAGAACUCGGGCGCUUUGGUUCAUCCUCGGGAGACGCAGUCGGUAACGCGGGCAACGAUUUGUUGUCGCCGGCGCUCUUAUCAGUUGUGCCGCAUGGAGAUAGAGGCAGUUCACAAAAGAAUCAGAGUCUCGAUCUGAGCGGGCAGCUCGGCGACUCGCUGCUGGCCUCCACGCUAGAGAUGCACGGCACCAAACGCAAAAGUACUGAGAGUCAGGCCGGUGUUCAGGUGGGAACCAAACGCUCCUCGGUGACAGCGUCACAUUUUCCUGGCUUCACCAUGGGCUCCAGCGGCCUCGGUUUUUCUCCCGUGGGAAUGAACUCUCCCCCACUGCUGGGUAAUCUGGGAGCCAUGAAUCACCCACUGCUGUUGGGGGGCAGUAGCGGCUCGUCGUUCCUGCAGACACCAGGACAAACGCUGGCCGACCUUCAGACUAUCCUCCCGUCCGCAGGCUCCGACCUGCUGAGAGCGACCGCCGCUGGGAACGGACACCUCGCCGCUCCUUCCUCCUCCUCCCUGUCCACCGUCUUCUCCUCCGCGUCCAACACCACUCCUCUGUCGUCCACAUCCACGGCAACAACUUCGUCCUCUCUGCCCCCGUACCUGAUGAACCCCAGCAUGUCUGGUCUGCUCGGCACAGGUUACCCCCUCAGCUACAGUCAGCCGCUGCUCUCCGAGUCCAGGAUGUUUCCCUCCUCUCUUCUCUCGGGGUCGGGGGGUUUCCCUGUGCUUAACCCCACCUCUAAUUCAUCCAACUUCCUCUGCUCUUACAACAACCCUAACUCCAGCCUGUUGGGGGCAGCGCUGACCCAACCAGGCGGACAUCAGAGUAUGGAGAACGGCGGCAGCUCCGACGAUGAUGUCAUAGAGGUGACGGGACAGUAGAGAGGAUGUGGUUUCCUGUUUUCAUGGCUAACGAGUUCAUUAGGAAUGGGAGUAAUUACAUUACGAUUUAGUGAAUAUCACAGGACAGAGGGGUCACGUGUUCGACCCAAACUUGAUCUGAGGCCACAGUAGUUAGACCCUCACAUUUGUUCUGCCUGAGACGUGUGAAGGAGGGUAGAGUCGUCACUAAAAAAUGUUGGUUCAGGUGAGAGACAAAGUUCACCCACACCCUCCCUCUCCCCCAGAUCCUCCCCCCAAAAAUCCACUUCACAGUUCGUAGGUGGACGUUGUUAUCCACCCCCUGGUCUGUGUCGACCAGAUUCUCCUCAACAUUUUUGAACGUUUGAUUCAAUGUAAGUGAGAAGUGAGACGACCCAGAAUAACGUGAAGGUCCCGGUCCUGCGAUGGUCUCUGUGUUGAGGUUCCUGUGCAGACGGCAGUGACUGUGAUGUGACGUGUAAAUACAGUAAAACCUCUGAGUUUGUUAAAGUCGGUAACAAAUCCUAAUGCUGAACAUCCCAGACUUCACCCGGAGCGUCAGAGCAGCGGUUUGUCACGCGGGGACCAGAUGAAGCUGUAGGUAGCUUUUUUUUUUUUUUUUUUUUCCCGUGCACGGCCUGCCCUUCAUUUGUAUGCAGGCCUCACGGUGCAGCCAGUCACUUACAUUUCUACAGUUAUUCAGACGGAAUAACCUCGGAUUAAACUGUUGGAUUUUCUCCUGAUAUAUUGCUGCGAAGCGCUGGAGUGUUUAAAUCAGAGCGGCUCUGAUAUCGUCAGUCACUUUCAUUUCCAAGCUCCAGAUGAGGAAUAUAUUUAGAGAAAAUCCUUCGAAGCUUUUUGUCUACAUCAAAACUGUUGAGACUUUGAGAGCGUAUAUUAGCCGUUAGCUGUUUGGUAGACAUCUUGGUGACCUCUGUCUGAAGUGUUACGUCAUGUGAUGCUGUACUUGUUCAUAUUUUGUACAUAGCACUCGUACGAUUAUCUCUGUUCCCAAGUCGAUACUGUGCCGUGUGUAGACGUUGGUCGUUGAAGGUUAAUUUUUUAGUCACGACGAGGACGAGGACGAGGACGGAGACACAAACCUGGCAGAAACCUGGAGCAAACACGUUUCUGUUGGAAUUUUUCUAGUUUAUUCUAAUGAAUGUACUUCGUGGUAGCCUUCAGUUCUCUCGGGCCGGGACAUGGAUUCAGACUGUGCUUUUUCAUUUCAGCCUUAAUUAAAAAAAAAAAAAAUAGGGGCAUUUUAUAUUUCUUUCAAAAGCCUGUUGGAAGAAAGAACUACUGAGCAUUCAAAGAGUUGACGACUUCACCAAACAAGUCUGAAGCAUUUUUUUUAGCGUUUAGACUAAAUAUAAGGGCCACAUGAGACAAACAUGGCGGCUAACUCGUCUGCUAAAGCCCGUCCAUCGCUGCUGGGUUGUUGGGUUUUGUUUUUUUUCCUCAAGUGUCCUAACCAUUGUUCUGAAUGACAUCAGUGACUUAAACUACACACAUUUAUACUACAGGUUUCUUCAGAAAACUGUUACCUAAACUGUAGAAGACCAUUACAUUUGUACAGGCCGUGUGUGUGUGUGUGUGUGAGAGAGAGAGAGUGUGUGUGGGUGUGUGUGUGU